CAAGGUGUCUGAAUAUUUUCUGAAGGCACUGUACGUCUGAUUGAAUAAAGUUCACCGAACAGUUGGAUGACUCACUUCUUCUGACAUACAACAGAUGUACUAUAUAUAAACGCGUGCUAUGAUAUGACUAAUACAUUAGCAACGCAUUUUAUUCAGAGCAAUAUUCAGCUGCUGCACGGAAGGGGUGUCAUCCGACCUCUGGGUGUUAAACAACUCCCACAUUCAACAGAAACUGAGUGAAACAGCAACUAUUCAGACAGGUUUCACCAAUAAUAAUGAGUAGAAAUAAAAACAAAGUAGUUGCUACUGAUUUCACUGAAAUUCCUGGAUGGAAUGUUGUUUUUCUGUACCUCCACAUACUUCUUCACUGGAAACCCAUCAUACUAAUUCCAGUGAAAAUCAAUGAAUCCACAAGAAGUCUGAAGGGAAAUUGCCACGGCACAGUUAGGCCUCCAUUUUGUUUCAGAGCCUUCCUGAAGUUUCAUUUCCAAUCUACCUCUGUACAAAGCCUUAUUCUGCUCACACCUCAGUCUUUACAUGAGAGGAUAAGCAGAUAAGACUAGCCACAGAUCUACACACACACACACACACACAUACUUUGCAUCUCUCCACUUCAGAGGAUGAGAGGCAGUCUACAGUGGAGAGAUCACAAUCAGCUCCGACUACGUUCUUCACCGAUGGACACAGGCGACCUUGGGUCCCUCUUAACAGAGCAAAGAGCAUGAGAUGCAUAACAAAAAACACAGCCUUUCAGGACCUAACAGAGCCUGUGUUUUCAUAUUACCAAGUAUAAGACAUCUAUCCAAUGCGUCAUGCUUUAGCUGGGACUAGUCCUGGGUAAUCUAAGAAAGCUGAAGACUGAUAACAUUAACUGAUGCUCUUCACUUUGCUACGGCCGGCUCGCCACUUUGAAUAUAUGGAAAUGGACUUGACAAUGGGAAGUCGAGAUGGGCCGACCCACUGAGUAUCUCUUCAUUAGAGAGAUUACACUGUACAGAGAGUUAUAGACUACCACGGGAAAGAGUGAAGGGAGAGACGGGAAUCUCACGCACGAAGUAGCAACAGUAGUGUGUGAAGGGCAGAGGGAGCGAGGGGAACACAUGCCGACACAGAGGGAGGCAAACGAGACAACUAAACAAGAUCUGUUCGAGAGAGAGACUGAGUAGCUAACAUGGUCACCGUGAAACACUUAUCCAUCUACUCUUCUCUGUCCCUGGCGGUCCUGCUGAUACUGGGCUGUGUGCGAGAGUCCCAGGCCGGGGUGGUGGAGGACUUUAACCAUGUGGAGCGCUGUAAGGACUCCCUGUACAUGGGAACCCCACCUCGGGGCUACCUCCUCGGUAACUCCCUGAAGAAGCUCUGCCAGCGCUACGAGGACCAGCCCCGCUUCGUCACCCUCUACGACCCCCACAAACACAUCCCUGUCUACUCGGCCUAUACCUUCAAGAAGUCCGAUGGCGAGAAGAGGGUCGACUUCCCCUGGAUGUUCGAGCCACAGUUGGCAUCAGAGAAGGGUAGUAGCAACAUGGAGCCGUUCCCCCAGUCCUCCUCCCACAUGCACAUGAACUUUGAGGACAGCCAGGCGGUGCUGGAGGACUAUGCUGACGUGGUCCAGUACGAGAGAGGGCAUCUCAACCCCGACGAGCACCAGGCUGAUCCCCUGGACAAGGCCUCCACCUACACACUGACCAACGUGGUGCCCCAGAUCCGUGAGUUCAAUAUCGGGCCCUGGGCCGAGCACGAGGACCUCAUCCGCAAGCGCCUCAACAACUACUGCCGCGGCAAAGCCUACGUGAUCACCGGGGUCACAACCUCUGGGAACAUGAUCCGCCGUGACAACCUGGACCGCGUGGCCAUUCCCGAGUACAUGUGGUCGGCCUACUGCUGCACCGACUACGACCAGAACGCGCCCUACUUCCUGCGGUACAAGUUCCCGGCGUUCGGGGCCUACGGGCUGAAUGACCGCGUCAACAACCACCUGGUGGAGGUUCCGGUGAAGAACCUGGAGAAGUUCCUCAGGGGAAGGAUGGACGUGGACAAGAACUUCCAGAUCUUCUACAACGACUGUGUGCCUGACUCAUAGUGAGCAACCUUGUGAUAGUGAUUGCAAUCAUGCCAGCCUCAAUGUCACCUCUACAUUGUCAUUUACUUUCUGUAUCGAGUAGAUUCUGAAAAUAUGAAUGUAGCCUGUGGGUGAGUUGUUGCUUACAAGCAAUAAAGAUGAUCUUUCAAACCUU